CAAAAAAUAAAAUAAAAUAAAAUAAAAAAGCUUACUUACAGCGAAGUGAAAUAAAUAUCUCAGACUCAGCAGUGUUUGCGUUCUCUCAGCUCAUCUCUGUGACUCUGUGUGCGCGUUUGUCGUAUCAAUUCAAUGGCAUCAGGUGGAGGGAACGCAGGAGGAGGAGGAGGAGUGGAGUGGCACGUGCGGCCUCCGAACCCUAAGAACCCAGUCGUCUUCUUCGACAUUACCAUCGGUACCAUUCCCGCUGGUCGCAUCAAGAUGGAGCUUUUCGCUGAUAUUGCCCCUAAAACCGCCGAAAAUUUCAGGCAGUUCUGCACUGGCGAGUACAGAAAAGCUGGAUUGCCAGUUGGGUACAAGGGGUGCCAGUUCCACAGGGUCAUUAAGGAUUUUAUGAUUCAAGCUGGUGAUUUUCUCAAGGGUGAUGGUAGUGGAUGUGCUUCCAUUUAUGGACAUCAGUUUGAUGAUGAGACUUUUGACGCCAAACACACUGGUCCUGGUCUUUUGUCAAUGGCAAAUAGUGGACCAAAUACCAAUGGGUGCCAGUUCUUUAUCACUUGCUCGAAAUGUGACUGGCUUGACAAUAAGCAUGUUGUGUUCGGGAGAGUACUUGGAGAUGGCCUUUUGGUGGUUAGGAAGAUUGAGAAUGUGGCUACAGGACCCAACAAUCGCCCCAAACUAGCUUGUGUAAUUGCUGAAUGUGGGGAGAUGUAAAUCCUGAGUUUAGAAGCAGUUCUGUUGUUGAUUAACUAUAAAAACUCCUGUAACCAAUAGAAUGUUAAUUUUCCCAGAAAAAGAAAAAGGCAUUCUAUUAGUCUCAUUCUAAUGAAAAUAUAUGGUUCUAAA